GAUCAAAUCUUCCUCGUAGCGACGAUUGUGUGAAACUUAGCUCUUACCUAUCGACGCGAGAUUAAAGAAUACCAAACCAAUGAUUCCGAUCACAGUUUUAGACACAUCCUGUGCACUGCCAUGGAUAAGUCGAUAUUGCUUCUGGAGUGAAGAAUGCAAAGAGAAUCAUCUGAUUUCGCGACAUUAUUAUUCUGCCCACAAAGCGGUCAAGCACCCCUCCUGGAUAGUAUCAUUAUCCUCAAAAUUCAGCCCCUCAAAGUCUCAUAACUUGUAACAAACAUACACGAUCCUCUUCUCCGAAAUUUUCAGAAAAUCUCCGAAAAUCACUCAAAAUGGCGCCUCCAUCUCAACUCGCCAUAGCUACAUCAUCCGUUGCUCGUCUAGUUAAGGAAGAAGCUUCGUACCACAAAGAGUUGAUCUCUCAACAAGCACGAUUAAAGAAGCUAGAGGAAGCUACCGAAGAAGAUGAGAACAGAGAAUAUUCGUUGAAGCAGGAGCGCGCCGCAAUCGAAGAAACCAAAGCAGUAUUCCCACCACUUCGAGAACGACUUGGAAACGCUAUACUUAAGUUGGAGGACUUAGUUCAAAGAGGUGGUGAUGAGGCAGAAGAGCAAAAGGCAAAUGAGGUUAUCGCUAAAGCAAAGGAGGCUAUUGCUGCUGGAAACUAAGGACUGGAUGACGAAAUCAUGAUUCACGAUGAAUAUACCCGAUUUUGCGAAGAAUUUAUGCAUGAUGUGUGAGGAUGAAGUUUACGAAAUGCUCAGUUUACAGCGCAAGAUAAUACAAAUUCAUUGAGGGUAUCA